AUGGAGGAGCUCUUUAGUAAAGAGUUGCCGGUUUUUGUGCGGUGCAGGGACUGUGAGGAAAGGUAAGACCAGCAAACAGAGCUGACCCAGACUGAACCAACUAUUGACUUUAUACUUCAGCUGCACCACAAUAUCUUAAAGUGUGAUAACUACAGGAAUAGUUUUAUUUUCCAGCGUUAAGGAAACAAAACAGAUUAACUCUAAGCUGUAACAUACCUAACCUGUCACCAACAAUCAUAAUAUAUGAUUAUGAUAAAUGAUAUGAUCAUAUAUUUUAUUGACAUUUUUAUCAGGGUACAAGGACUGGAGGUCCGACCCUAGUCUGAAAUGUACAGAAUUUGUUUGCAAGGUAUGGCCUCCAAUUAUGGCCAGAUGUACAAAAGCAUCUUGUCAAAGUGUUUUGAUAGGUCUUUUAUGAUUGUAAAAAAGUAACAGAGGGACCUCUGGUUAGUAUGAUUUAUAUUAAUAAAACUCAAAGUCUGAUAGAGGGACCCUCCGAUUAGUAUGAUUUAUAUUAAUAAAACUCAAAGUCUGAUAGAGGGACCUCCGAUUAGUAUGAUUAAUAUUAAUAAAACUAAAUUAAAAUCUGAUAGAGGGACCUCCGGCUAGUAUGAUUACUAUUAAUAAGACUCAAUUAAACUCUGAUGGUGGACCUCCGGUUAUUAUGAUCAAUAUUGAUAAAAAUUAAAGUCUGAGAGAGGGACCUCUGGUUAGUAUGAGUAAUGUUAAUAAAAACUAAAGUCUGAUAGAGGGACCUCUGUUUAGUAUGAUUAAUAUUAAUAAAACUCAAAGUCUGAUAGAGGGACCUCCGGUUAGACUGAUUAAAAUUAAUAAAACUCAAUUAAAGUUUGACAGAGACAGGUCAAGAAACAAGUGUCUGUUUUUUAUGUAUUAUGAUUUGACAUUAACCAAACUGUGUAUAAUCAGGAUGUUAGUUGUUUAUUUAAAGACUUUUUUUUUAACAGGAAAGUAAACAUCCGUGUUACCAUUGAGCUUCAACAAACAUCAAGUCCAGUACACAGAAGGGUGAGCUGGAGUCAAUGCUUUUCAGUUUUAUCUACUUAUAAUGGGGAAGAUCUGUUAUUUAUGUUGUUAUGAAUAAUACUUGUGAAUGCUGCAGCCAGGUAAGUUUUAUCAAGUUUAAUAGCUGUAUGUUUCCAAGACACUUUUUGUUGCAUUUAGCUCUUCAUCUUGUCCAACUAGAUUGUAUUCUUGAGUCUUUGUAAAUAUUAUUGGAUAAUUUUCAUUAAAAUAGGCCGAUAUCCAGUUACUAACUCUCUUUUGCUUUUUUCCCCUAUGGAAGGACCUUCUAGUUAAACUAACAGAUGAAAAAGAUCCUUUUUUUCUCUUCAACCUCUUUAUAUCAGAAGAAGAUUUCCAAAGGUAAACAAUAUUUGAUAUAAUAUUUAUUUCAAUAGUAAUGGUAGUAUUUUUACUACGGAUGUCAUAAAACAAGCUUUCAUGAGCUCGUACUGACAUUUCUUUUUUGUGUCAUUUUUGUGCAGCUUAAAAGUCCAACAAGGACUUCUAAUAGACUUUGCAUCAUUCCCUCAGAAGUUUAUCGACCUACUUAAUCUAUGCCAUGCUGAGCAAGUUUCGGACAAUCCAAGGUAUGAAGAUCUGCCAACCACAAACUGGCAUCAGUCAUCUGAGACAAAUUAUAAACAUUUAUUUCAAUGAAAGCUGAGAUUGGUGGCAAACAAGGUUGUGGUAUGCAUGAAGAAAAAAAACAUAGGUGAUAUCUUUUAUUAAAUUGUGCCACAGCAAAACCACUUCAAACAAUAAAUCUGUACAUUGCUUUUUUUUCACAGGUUUCUUCUACAGUUGUCAUGUCAGUCUACGUUGCUCGAAGGCCCUGCCAACUUUAGUGUUGUAGAAACAAACCCAUUCAAACAUCUGAACCACUUGUUUUUACGGCUUGCUCAAGGCUCCGACAAAGAUAUUAAAGACUAUCUGGCAGUGUGUCUCUCCUCUCUGAAGGUAAACUCAAUUUAUAACCAGCAUUACUCAAAAGAGUUUUGACUUGUAAGACUGGGAUAUAUCUGAUUAAUUACAGAGUUUUCUUUUUACACAGUGCUAUCUGAAUAAUACGGAGAGCUUUCAUACCCAUAGAUUUGUUCGUCUAAGAGGCUGUAUGUAAAGAUAAAACAUUCAAGCAAAUUGAGCUGAGGAAGAAUCUACUACAUCAGAAAGAAUUGUAAUGGUAGACUUUGUUUUUGGAAGAUGCAGACUUGUGUUUUGAGUUAAAAAAAUGUAUGUAUCUUUGUUUCAGACAGAAAAACAGGCCCUAGAGAUAAAGCUCAAGAAGACUGAAGAUGACCUGUCCAGACAGCUAAGUUAUGCUCAACAGGUGUGUUUUAUCACUGGUUAUUGUUGAUGUCAGGAACUUAAUCUUAUCAUGAACUAUUUACAUCCAGGAAACAAAAACAAAACAUCUCAAGCCGUGGUUAUCAGAAAUAUUUGACUGAUGGAUAGAUUUACAGUCUCAAGAUGUGUAACCCAUAUUCACCAAUGGGCUUAUAAUUGAUCACUUUAAUGCUUGUAGAUGUCUACUUGGUUAUUCUGCUGCAGGCUGGUGUUAUUUGAGUUUGAUGUUGUCAAUAAAGGUAUUGUAAGUUACAAAGCAAACCAUGAACUCGUGUAUCUACAAAUGUAUCUCUGCUGCCUCAGAGUGGCUGUAGGACAGUUUUUUUUUUCUUAUUUAUACAAAAUGUCAUAACAUAAUUCAAACAUCAAACAAUUAGUCUGUUUUUAUACAAAUCCACGUACACUAUAGCAACAAAAGAUGGAGAAAGAAAAAGAAAAGUGAAGCCAAAAAUAGAGACCUGAAUACAGCUGUGUUAAGAAACUGUAUGUCAAGAAAGUAGGCGUAUUACAGUACAAAUGGUUUUCUGUUUUCUUUUUCUCCGUAGCUUUUUAAUGUGGUGUAAGGACUUUGCUUAUACAAAUCAUCAACCUGAUCUCUAGUUAUAGGUUUAUUCUGCCAGCAGGGAUUUGAUAGAAUGACUUUCAUCAGUUUGAGGCAGAUGACCAAUUAAUCCUAACUAUAUAGCAAGUUUCAAAAUAGAAAAUGGAUGUAAUUGGAGAGGUUACAAAAGAGGCACCGCUUAUAUUAAUGUAUUUUUCUGUUCCUACAGACCCUGUCUGAGAAAACUAAAGAGCUGGACAAACUGCGGUCAGAAUGGACAAGUCAGACCAGCUGCCUGUCCAGCCAACAUACUCAGGAGUUGCAGUCCGAAAGAGAAAAGGCUUCAGAGGUGAGACUCAUCAGAAGUGGACUGUGUUUCUAACAGUUUUUGUGUGGUGAAAUAUUCAUUUUAAAACAAAAAGACCUCCACAUUAAAAAAAGGUUUCAAAUGAGUUAUAUUGUUUCUCCACAAACUAGAUGAAGAAGGUUUAUCUUUCUGCAUAAGAGACCAGCACUUUUUUUUUUACUGUUAUUCAUAAUUACGUGAUUGCUUGAGAGCUCUCAUGUGAUGGUAACAUACAAAGCAAUGUGGAUCAGCAGAAAACUGGUGGAGUUAAAGAGUUUUGAGUUCAAGUCCUUAUACUUGUUGUUUCCUGCGGUCAUCCAGUUACAGAGCCGGCUCCAGCAGCAGACUGAGCAGCUCCGGCAGGAACUGGAGGCGACUCAUAAGAAGAGCAGCCAGCAGCUAAACAGCAAACUCACAGAGCUGGAAACAUCCUGCAGAGAGCUGACAGAGAGGAAAUACAAGAAUGAGUCUGUCAUCAGAGACCUGAAGAUUAAACUGGCUGGUGCAGAGGAAGUAAGGGACCAAGUUCACUGGAUGACCAAGUCAUUGAUGAUUUUUAGUCAAGUUGUGAAAUAAGACUGUCAUACUGAACUGUCCCUUUCGGUUCUUUUCGUUCAAUGCUUGUCUUUGACUAAGGACUAGCCUUUCCUCUACCUUCUAUUUAGGUACCAAGUUUAGCUUUUAGAGUCUCUUUGUUUAACAGAAUUGCUUGAUGCGCCCCAAAAUGUUGAUAUGAAAGAGUUAACAGUGUUAAAGUUAGAAGUCUGACCACAGGCAGUGAGCUUGAACUCCCCUCUAACCUCCAUAUACCAGCUGGGGUGGGCAACAGAUACCCUAUUGGGAUUCCGAGAGUCAUAAUUCUUUGUGUCUAAUGAGGAAGUAUUAGCAUUGUCAUAUUUUUUGCAUUAUUAUUUGAUUCAUUUUUCGUAACUAGAUUCCAACUGUAGCUACUGCAGAAUCUCUUCAAAAAACAUAUACAGCCACUCAGAGACUCCAAAUGAUUUCAUCCUGGUGAUCUCUGUUUCCUGACUGUUCUGAAAAUCACUCAAGUACAUACCUGCCAACACUCCUGUAUUUCAGACCUAUCUCCCGCCCACCUCACAUAUUGUCAUAUCUCGCGGGAAUCUCCCGUAGUUUGAUGGUCCACAUUCACUCAUGAAUCGGAUCACUAUAUUUGUCCAAAGUCACCAGGUUUCCAGACAACUGAGGAUUGGUACUUUUACUUUACAGUUUUGGAUGAUUCAGGUCGGUUUAAGCUGUAAACUAUAUUUAAGCGGUGUUUGUUGCAAAAUGAGCACUUCAAUGAAAGGGAAACAAACAUGAGAUAUAAUAUUUAUGUUGAUAGUCUUGCACUGUCUCGGAGUGAUGUGUUCAGGGCAGCCUCAGAUAAAAGAGUGCUGUAUUUCACACACAGAUGUUCAGAGAGCCUCAUACGGGAGAGCAUGUAAAACAUAUGAGGACUUUAACACCAUAUAUUAGUGGACUGAAUAAGUUCAAGGCAUAUCAUAGCUAUUAUUUUUAUUAUUACCAUUUGUUAUUGUUAAAACAAAACAAAAAGUGUGCAGCUUCACUUACUUAUUUAUGUGAGCAAUUUAAUUACAAAUACUCACAUAAUUAGCUGAUAUCCACCACACCAUGUAACCCCAAAACUGCCGCAAAAAUCUCCCGGAUUUUAUAACCCAAAUGUUGGCAGGUAUGCUCAAGUGUUGUUGGCUGAAAACACAUGGUAGCUCACUCGUCUUGUUAAAUCACUACAGGAGAAGUUUACCUCCUAUGCUCACAGACUCAAUGACAAUUAAUGGCAUAUUUAUUCAAUAACCCUACAACAGUCUGUCUGACUGAGUUAAGAAAAGGCUUUAAUCCAGGACAUGCUCUUAAAAGAGACUUCUUGUAUGAAUAGUGAUUAUUUCACUUCUUCACUAACUACUGACCACAUCUGCAGUUGAAUUGUUGUCUUAUUUGCGUAGGAGUGCCAGCGUUCAAAGCAGCAGGUCCUGUCUCUCAGGAGGGAAAACAGCACUCUUGACACAGAGGUCCACGAGAAGGAGCGUCUGGCAAGCCAGCUGCAGAUGAGAGUGGCUGUUCUUGAACAGGAGGUCAAAGAUAAGGAGCAGCUUAUGCGCCGCACAAAAGAAGUGCUCGAUGCCACUCAGCAGCAGAAGGUUAGAGCUGCAACUUCAAAUAUGUUUUUUACUUCAUCACAAAAGCAAUGACGGGAGAGAGAGACAACGACACUCCAUAGAUAAGAGAGCAAAACCAUAAAUGUAUAUUAAUAGGGUGCAAAUUCAUAGAAGAGAUAAAAUGAGUUUAUAUUCUAUAGAGCAGAAAGGAAUGGAGAUGAAGGCUGUCAUAUGAUUUGAAUUUUAGACUUGAGUACAGAUCUACAGGAAAAUUGUCCAUCACAAGUUCUCUCCACUAACUUUUCUUUAAAUCUAUUGUAUUUGUUUUUUUAGGAAUCAGUUGAGGAAAAUGCAGAAAGUAAAGAACUCCACAUAAGAAAACUUGAAGCAACUGUAAAGUCACUGUCUGAAGAGCUGAUAAAGGUAUGAACUCCUAAACUCUGCUGCCAAAGUUGACCCCAAUGCUGAAAAUAGUAGGUCCAGUCGUUUUUAUUAAGUGCAUGGUGGCUUAAGACUGAUUUAGCCAAAAGGGUGUACUAAACAAACCAAGAGACCAAUGUUUGUUUGUUUUUUUGUUUUUUUGUCUUUUUAUACUUUAUUUUUAUAGACGCACACAACUGAACAUGUUGAAGCAAAUACAUCUAUACAUUCAUACUGUUGUUGUUAUCACUAAUAGAAAUACAUGUCAGAUAUCAUACAAUGAUGGCUGAAACAUCAGGUUGUGAGUUCACAAACACAAUCCAUUUUUCCCAGUAUUGCAGAAAUUUAUCCACCCAGUGAUUUAGUGAGAAGAUAAGAGACCAGUGUUUGAAAAGAAAAGUGGGAUUUAGCUGACUCCACUUUCUUAUUUGAACAGCUGCCUGUCUCCUGCUACUUUUCUACUACUUGGGUACUAAGAGUGGAGAAGCAGACUCAGUCACCUGAGGCACUGAGACUGUUUGUCUAUUGGGGCCUGUGUUUGAUUUUUAUUGUAUAUGUAAAAAAAAAAAAAAGUCUUUCAACUGCGUGUCAGCCUAUGCCAUCCUUUUGUUUUAUGAUAGUACAGUUCCAGUGUCUGAUCCUCUUUUUAUUUCUUACAGGCUAAUGGUAUCAUUAAGAAGCUGCAGGGUGAAGUUCGAGGUCUUGUUGGAAAACUAAAAAUCAAAAACACUGUGACUGUGUCACAAGAGAAGGUUCUCCAGGAGACAUCAGACAAACUGCAGAAUGUUGAAAAGAGUCUCCAGAGCGCUGAGCAGCAGCUGACAAACAGAGACGAACAGGUAUGGCUCUGAAUCAUGGGAACAUCAGACACAGUGCAUUUACAUCUCCGGGCAUUUUUUCAUCUCUUGAUAAAUUUGACACACAGCAAAGGCCUUGUACAAUGUACAGCCCUCACCAUGACAAUGUAUGCACAUGUAAUGUAAUGUAAUGUAAUGCACAUUAUCUUUACACAUUAAAGUGAGAAUGGCAGUUGUAGGCUGUGUGUGUUGUAGAGGGAAGUGGGCUGAGCUUCUACAGGACUAUUAGGGUGCACUCGCACUAGGCACUGUGCUGAAGUAUGACUCUAGCCGUAUAGAAUAAUCGACAUCUGCUCUGAAUAGCCAUGUAAACAAUUAACCAACAUUUACCAACAAUAACACUGUGAUCAGACAAAUUAUAUUCCAGUUUUUUAAUUGAUCAGCAAACUUAUUUAAUAAAAUAUGACAGACAUGCACCCUGCGGAGCACGUACACUGGCCAGAGCACAGUUCAGAGCGCCUGAUCCGGGUGCACCCUUGGUCAGUUAUUACUGAACAACAUGCAUGAUUAAGCAAACAGCAUGUGAAAUAAUUUCAAUGUCUUUGUUACCUCUUUAUUCUGCAAAACAUAUUUUUGUAAUAUAACUGCUAUAAUAUUACUGUAAGGAUAUCAGCCACAAAAACCUGUUCAUUUUUAGGCAUGGCUCAUGAGCUGAGUGCUUUGGUUUUCUAAUCAUUAUUUUAUAGCUUUCUAUUUCAUAAUUGACUUUAAGAGAGAGUAUGACGCAAUGUUUUUCAGACUCAAAUGGCAAAGGCUUAUGGGUAUAAACUAGCUCUCAGCCUGCUGUGACUACCACAAUCUCGUAGCAAAAAGCUACAAUAAAAUGAACUACUUUUUUUUCUGUUACUUUGAGUUAUGACUUCGAUGAGAGCGCAAAAUGAUCAUUGUUGUGUUACAGAUUUCAAAGCUUAAGGAGCAGCUGGAGUCGACAGUGCAGAAGCUCAAUGAAAGCAAAGAGGUGUUAAAAACCAACGAAAAUGGUGAGGAACACUGAAGGUUCAGGUGCUGACUCUUUCAGUGGUCAGAUGUAGAUGUUGUGAGCUACAGACAAAUUUAAGCUACUAAAAUAAUGAUGAUUGAAAAAAUUGUUCUGACGAUUCAUGACUUUUUGUGUUUGUGUAAACAAGCUAGAUUACAUUGAGUUUGUCACCUUGUACAGCAGCAUUUGGUUUGAGUGUAUAAAUGUGUGUUGGACAAAGGCCUGUGUUAAAUGGUAAAUGAUCAUGCAUCACUUUUUCUUGUUUUCAGUCCAUCCAUACACCAAAACUUGUAUAAAACAGCAAAUUGUUAUUCUUGAGUAAUUCCUGGCAUGAAUUCACAUCCUUUGAGGUAAAAAUUUAUUAUCAACAUUGAAAAAUGUUGACCCACGUUCUGCUCUGUUUGUCUUUCUCUGCAGUGAUUAGCUGGCUUAACAAGCAGCUCAAUGAGAAACAGCUGACAAGAAAGCCACAGUCCCCUGAAUCUCUGGAGAAUCCUUCAGUUUUAUCCACAACAACUGGACUAAAGGUAUGAAAUGCCUUCAAAGUGUUUAAGUCAAACAUGAUAGCUGUUAGUUAUAAUCAUCCUCUUUACUCUUACACUUUUGUAAACAACAGCUGUACUAUGGUACUCAAGAUCAAAUUGAUAAACAGCCUUUGGGUCGACAUACAUCAUCACAAACCAUGUGUCUUUGCAGGCCCAGUUUUAUCCUCAGUCAGUCCUGCCUGCUGUGUUUUCUGUGGGGGCUGCUGAUGUUACUCCUGCUGAACGAAAAGCAGCAAACAGAGAGACGUGAGUUUGAUCUUUUUUCUUCUCUUCCUUUAUUGUCUUUCCACAGCAUAAACUACCACUCACAUUCUGAUAUGAAAAAUGUGAUUCUUGAUUUGGUUUUGAUUAGAUUUCUUCCACUGAAACCCUUGAGAGAACAUUUGAUCAAUUUGGAAGAAGUUUGAAAAGCGAUCUUAGGCAACAGGAUUAUUAGCAUGGUGUGUUUUUUCCUGGUCUUUCUUGUCCAUAGUGGAGACACUGCUGGUCUGGAUUUGAAGUACUUUUCAAGGAGAGAUGAUAGCAUCCCCGUUUAUGGACUGCCAUCUAAUCUUCACAGAGGUGAGAACAAUACCCAUGUUUUGGAUUUCUUCUACCACUGGCUGUGGUAAGCCAGUGAAAUGUGUGUGAGCCAGGGGCGGACUGGCCAUUGGGAAAUUCAGGACUUUUCCCGAAUGGCUGGUCUAUUCCAGACCCCAACCAGCCGGUGAUCAGAGCGUUUUUGUUUUUUUUAAUUAAUGACGUUAAUAAAACGGAGUCGCAGCAGCCUGCCCUCUCAACCCGAGUCGGUGGGACGUCAGACCGGGUCAAUCUAAUAUUUUGCAGAUUAAAGGGGGGUAUACGAGCGGCCCCUCCCAAAUGUUAUACAUGUCUGUUAUAGGUCUGUAUAUCUUUGGAGGUUGGUUUCUGUUGCCAAAUUUUUGCUCAGACUCUGAUGAUAAGCUGCUUGUUUUCAUCAUAAAACACACACGAAAAAACACACAGUAGUUUUAACUGUAAUAUAGUAUUUUUAUACUUUGAUUAAAGCACUUGUGUUAAAAUCACGGUUCCACUUGCAUCCUUCUUGCGGUCGGAUAAAAGGCCUCUUGACACCAAGCUCCCGGGCUGAAUUUAAACCCCAGUCUGCCUCUGGUGUGAGCGUAGUUCAGUAUUAGGGUCCAAAUUUUCAGCACACAAGCAUUCAGGUUCAUGUUUGUUGUCUAAGUUAAUGAUUAACAGCAUUUCAGUAGGCAUUCGUCAUAUGCAGAAAACUGUCUGUGCAGAGUAAAAGAGGUCAAACACAAUCUGAGGUAAUACAAUCUCAAACCUCUCAGCUGAAGCUGUUUAGUGUGAAGUAAUUUCUAACGAUCUUUGAAGUGAUAAGGCUGUUUUGACUUUGCUUCUCAACCUUAGAUCCUUUUGUACGGUUCACGUUUCCACUCGGGCUGUAAACAGCAAAUGGGCUCCAUGUUCAAAGAUGGGGUUAUAAAUGGGCGUGUGCCUUAAUGACAUCCACUAGAGUCUCACUUGAAAUCAAACUGAAUGAAAUUCUUUUCAGGAUUUUGAUUGAAGAUUUGGAUGAAAGUGGGGCUAAUAUGGUGGAUAUAUUAUGAUAUAAUUCCUUUUUUCCUCUUUCUAGAAGUCCCUCAGCGAACAAAACCCUCGGUAGCUUCUGCUUACUUCUCAGCGUAA